AUGAUGUUCUUGAAUGUGCAUCCCAUGUGGGAUUCAAAUCGACCAGUGCCUCCUAAUGUGGUUCAUCUUGGUGGUAUGCAUCAGAAACCAGCAAAGGAUCUACCUAAGCACCUUCAAACAUUCCUAGAUUCUUCUAAAAACGGCGUUAUUUACGUCAGUUUUGGCUCCAUAAUCGAUCCCACUCAAUUCCCUCAGGAAAGGAUAAAAAUCCUAGUAAACGUCUUCUCGAAAUUGCCAUACGAUAUUCUGUGGAAGUGGAAUCAUGGAGAUGUCCCUGGACGUACUAAAAAUAUAAGGAUUUCAAAAUGGCUGCCACAAUCUGAUCUUUUGAGACACCCCAAGAUAAAAUUGUUUGUAACCCAAUGUGGUCUCCAGUCUACUGAUGAAGCCAUCACAGCAGGGGUUCCUCUCGUUGGAAUGCCGAUGUUUGGGGACCAAAAGUACAACGCAGCGCAAUAUCUCCACCAUGGCAUUGGUGUUAUAGUUGACAUUGAAACUGUCACUGAAGAGAAACUUAGUAACGCAAUUACCAUGAUACUACAAGAUGACAGGUGA